AUGGCGCCUACUUUCAAAGACCGCAUGAGCGACGAUGCGGAUUUUCGACGGGCCAUAUUUUCACAAUACACGCCCGCCGGAGCACGCAAGCUCAUGAACGCUCUAGGGGUGCUCCUUCCGAGGAGUGAGUACAUCCACUGCGGCAAACUAAUAUGUGAAAGUGCCCAGCACACCGCUCCUUUGGCCGUAGCUUGGCCACCACCUCCGCCCAGUGUUCAUAAUGCGCACGCGAAUGGACCGGCGGCGACAUUCGUCGCCGCACUCUGGCAUGGAACCAGGGUAGCGGCCUUCUACAACGCCGUCACCGCUGACGACGAGCAUCCGCUUGGCUGGCGCGAACCCAGUCUCUGCGUUGAGCCGGCCAACUUCCCAGCUCCCGGCAUGCACCCUGCUCCUGGGGCAGAGGGACACGUGCUGGUGUGCAGCCCGUGCAAAGCCAAGCGGUCACGAGACUUCCUGUACAAACUAUCAGAACUGCCAUUCGGCGUGUGCACGACUUGUGAAAAGUGGGCCAUCGCCAACAUGGCCGUCGGACAGAACGACUGCAGGUGCGGCCCGCAAGGCAACAACGUGCAUGACCACAACAACAACGAACCUCGGCACAUGCACUGGUGUCGCAAUCACGAGGUCGCGUUCUGGGACCAGAUUCGGAUCGCAGCAAACACCGAGAUCGAUCUCCGGGAGCGCAUGCUCCGAACAAAAGCGCCGAAGAAGCGCGGCCACGGCUGGACGCGGAAGAAAGGCCAGGGAAGAGCCAUUCGGACGCCGGCGGAGAGACGCCUGGCUCAUCGCGUCGGCCCUCAGCUCCUUAUCACCACCCCGGCCUGCUAUUGCGGACAAAGGCUCGGUGGUGGUCGCCAUCGCCGUCUCAAUGCGGACGGGAGUCAGGCAGAGACAGAUCGGGUGAGGAAUUGCGUCGGGUGUAACCAAUUCGUCCGGAAUUCUUGA